AUGUACAUUUUAAGAUCAGGAUUUUCUCUGCAGAUAAUUGAUGCGGCCGAUAGCAGCUUCCUGUUAGCCAAUGCUCAAAUCGUCGAUUUUCCUAUCGUUUAUUGCAACGAGAGCUUUUGCAAAAUAUCUGGAUUUAAUCGUGCUGAGGUGAUGCAAAAAUCAUGUCGCUGCGGAUUCAUGUACGGUGACCUAACGGACAAGGAAACAAUAGCAAGGAUCGAGGAGUGUUUAGAGGGUCAGAUCCACGAUCAAUUUGAGAUCCUCCUCUACAAGAAGAACAAGACUCCACUAUGGCUGCUGUUACAAAUAGCACCGAUAAAGAACGAGCGAGAUUUGGUGGUGCUGUUUCUCCUGACAUUCCGGGAUAUAACGGCACUAAAGCAACCGAUCGAGACGGACGACAACAAAGGCGGGCUAUCAAAGUUUGCCAAACUCGCGAGAUCUGUCACGAGAUCGAGGUCCGUCCUGGUCUCACAAUUCAGCUCUCAUAUACCGGUUGUCAAAGAUACUUUGCCCAUGACUACAAAACAAUCUCAUCUUGGUCAUAUGAUGUCAUUAAAUUCAGAUGUGAUGCCGCAAUAUCGUCAAGAAGCGCCAAAAACUCCUCCGCACAUUUUACUUCAUUAUUGUGCAUUCAAAGCGAUUUGGGACUGGAUAAUCCUUUGUCUGACAUUCUAUACAGCAAUUAUGGUGCCGUAUAAUGUGGCCUUCAAGAACAAAACCAGUGAAGAUGUUUCGUUGCUUGUAGUUGACAGUAUAGUUGACGUUAUAUUCUUCAUUGACAUUGUGCUCAACUUCCAUACGACUUUCGUCGGCGCCGGUGGCGAAGUCGUUUCCGAUCCUAAAGUAAUAAGAAUGAAUUAUUUGAAGUCAUGGUUCAUAAUAGAUCUACUAAGUUGUCUGCCCUACGACGUCUUCAAUGCCUUCGACCACGACGAAGACGGAAUAGGAAGUCUUUUUUCAGCUCUGAAAGUGGUGCGAUUGCUGCGAUUGGGACGAGUCGUGCGUAAACUGGAUCGUUACUUAGAGUACGGAGCAGCUAUGCUGAUUUUAUUGCUGUGCUUCUACAUGUUGGUUGCACACUGGCUUGCCUGUAUCUGGUACUCGAUAGGAAGGUCAGAUGCGGAUGGAGGCGUUCAAUACUCGUGGCUGUGGAAACUCGCGAACGUGACACAAUCACCUUACAGUUAUUUAUGGACUAACGCGAGUACAGUCCCAGAAUUGGUUGCUGGACCAUCAAGACGCACUAUGUACGUCACGGCGCUUUAUUUUACCAUGACUUGUAUGACUUCUGUUGGUUUUGGUAACGUCGCAGCUGAAACGGACAACGAAAAAAUUUUCACCAUUUGCAUGAUGAUCAUUGCCGCUCUUCUAUAUGCUACCAUCUUUGGACAUGUUACGACAAUAAUCCAGCAGAUGACCUCGGCAACUGCCAAGUACCACGACAUGCUCAACAACGUUAGAGAAUUCAUGAAGCUACACGAGGUACCGAAAGCUCUUAGUGAACGAGUUAUGGACUACGUUGUAAGCACAUGGGCUAUGACUAAAGGACUGGAUACUGAUAAAGUACUUAAUUACUGUCCAAAAGACAUGAAAGCCGAUAUUUGUGUUCAUUUAAAUCGUAAAGUCUUCAAUGAACAUCCAGCUUUUAGAUUGGCCUCAGAUGGUUGUUUGCGUGCCCUAGCGAUGCAUUUUACAAUGUCGCACAGCGCUCCGGGAGAUUUACUGUAUCACACUGGCGAAUCCAUAGACUCGCUGUGCUUUAUUGUUACCGGUAGCCUCGAGGUCAUCCAGGAUGACGAGGUCGUCGCGAUACUCGGCAAGGGCGAUGUAUUCGGCGACAGUUUUUGGAAAGACUCCGCUGUUGGACAAAGUGCUGCUAAUGUACGCGCACUUACCUACUGCGAUCGAUCUUGUGAUCAUUGA